ACUCAAAUUCUUCCACGAUUGAACCUGAAAUGGAUGGAAGUGAACUAGAUUCAAAUGUUGAUGAUGAGACCUCUUUAUCAAAAAAUGAUAUUUCAGCUUUACUUAAGCGCCUAAAAACUUUGGAAAGACUUCAAGUUGCUUGUGAUAAGGAGGUCAAGAACAAAAAAACUGACACCUUUCCAGAUGAUAUGGAUGACGACUCAUCCAAAAAAAAGAAAAAAAAAAGUGCUAAAAGAAGGAAAAAUUACAAAAAAGAAGAUACGUCUAGUUCUGAAACAGAAGAUACUGGUGACGAGUUCAAACGAAAAAAUCCAAAAUUUCCUCCUACAAUAUGUGAUUGGGCCAUUAGACGAAUGAUGCAAGGAAUAAUAAAUAACAAGCGUGAUACAGAAAAACGCAAAUUAAAUAAUCGUUCACUUCAUAACGAUAACAAAAAAAGCAAAUCAGGUGAAGUUACCAAUCAAGCUCAAGACCUUGAAGCUCCAAGUUCAAUAAAUAAUUUGGAUAAUACUAUUGUGGCAUCAACAUCCUCUUCUCAAACUAGCCCUGCGAAAACUACAAACACAGAAGACAAUACUUUGCCAAAUAGGAGACGGUCUUCAAAAGUGUCUAAUAAAAAGAAUGCUAAGG